CCAGGUUUCUCAAUGUAUACCUACUAAGCAAUUAGAGAUGUUUCUCAGUUACAGCAUCUCUUAUUAGUUUGGUUUGAUGCAUGGCAACAGAUGCAAAGGAGAAACAAAGACUGAUAAAACUUGCUGUUAGUUUCUGAAAUUUAAGGAUGUGGGUAUUCCCAGCUGAAACGCCUAGCGACCUCAACUCACCGUCCAGUUCCUCAACCGUUUCAGAAACUAACUCUUCUGGCUUUACUGACGGGAGCUCACAAGCUAACACUUCUCUGAAUCAUGCGCAACGUUUUACCAUGGAGUCUGAUCAGCAUUCUGAAACGGCAGAGUUAUUAGACGAGCUCAUUAGCUGGUCUCAAUAUCUGGACCCUUGUCUGUUUGCAGCAUUUAAAUAUGAGAAAGUUACAGAUCCUAGAGUACUGAAGAAAUGGUUAUGGAAGCUAUGUGAAGCUAUAUUCAAUCCGCAGAACCCUCUUUUCUUGGCAUGCCCAAAUGAUCCUACUAGGUUUUAUGCUAAUCCGAAAUUGGAGCUAGAACCCUUUCACCUUGACACUAUGAGAUUGACCGGUAAGGUGAUUGCACUAGCUGUGAGGCACAAGAUACACGUAGGUGUUGCCUUUGAUCGCGUGUUUCUUCUGUAACUUGCCGGAAAGAAAAUCUCAGUAGAAGAUGUAAAGGAAGCAGAUCCAUCAUUUUAUACUAUGAUGCGAAAAGAUUUUGAAUAUGGAUGGUGGGGGAUUUGCUGCACAGGAACUUUGCCCCGGUGGUGUAAGCAUGAUUUGUAAUUGCAAGGAUAAAGAGGCUUAUGUUAGUUGUCUGAUUCAAAGCCACUUUGUCACAUCAAUUGCUAAACAGGUAUCUUUGUUUGCACAAGGCUUUGACAGUGUUUCUGACGAGUCAAUCCUUCAAUUGCUCUCUUCUACCGGAUUGGAGCUUGAAGAUCUUAACCACAUGCUAAGAGGUAACAGAAAUGCUGGUCAUGUUCAUGAGAAAAGAAAAUCUGUUGGGCAUAACUGCGAUGAAAGUUCUGAUUCUCUAGUAUCCCGGUUCUAAAAGAUUAGUCGACAUAGACUUAACAUCAAGAAUUGGCAGAGGGGGCAGCUUUUGGGAAGAGGGUCAUUUGGAUCAGUUUAUGAAGUACUUGCUGGUGAAGGAACAUUUUUUGCUGUUGAGGAAGUUCCAUUAGUGGAUGAC